UAAUCAACUUCAUUGUCGAAGUGAUAGUGAUAGCAUGUAAUUGUUACAUGGUUAGAUUCUUUCCUAUAUUUUUCUUUUGUUAGCCAUGUAUGAAUUACUGUGAUUAUCGUUGUUUACAGUAUAUUUAUUACAAUCUGAUUUCUGAUAAAAAUACGACGGAAAUAAAUAAGAUCAUGUCAGGCAACAAUAAGCUUUUAUAAGAUAUAUCUAGUAUGAGAGAACAUACGACUAAAAUCAGUGACACUGGCGUCUACUCAAUCUAUCUUGUUUGCUGUCUCAAACUGAGAAUGAAUCAGACGAUGUUCUUGUGUAUGAAAUUGUUGUGGUGAUUCUUAUUCAGGUUCACGAGAUCAUGAAGUAGGUGGUAAAUAUGCAACGAAUAAUAUUGUUCGAAAUUAUGUAUCAGGUUCAUUAAUUGAUGUGAAAAUCUUGUUAACAGCAAAUCAUGUAGGAUUUAUGGAACUUCGUUUAUGUCCCAUAUUAGAUUCAAGUAGUGAAGUAACACAAGAAUGUUUAGAUAAAAAUCUACUUCAUAGAGAAGCUCAUUUACCCGAUAGUUUAUCAUGGUCUCACUGUGUAUUACAAUGGCGUUAUCAGGCUGGAAAUCAUUGGGGUACAGAUAUUGAGACAGGAAAAUCAUGUCUUGGUUGCGGUCAUCAAGAAGAAUUUCACAAUUGUGCUGAUAUUAGUAUUGCUCCUAAGGAUAAUAAUUUAUUAUUACCUUUACCAACAACUACUACAACACAUGAGCCAUUAUUUGUUUUUUCCAUUUUUUGA